GGUACCGGUGUUGACGGCGCGGGUCGUGGCUGGGCCAGAUCUCCGCUUCUCCCCCUCCCCUACUUUCCUCCCUCCCUCCCUCUCCCUUCCUCGGUGGCUGUCGCCCGCCGGUGGUUGACUCCUUGGCCCCUCCCUAAUCCCCUCGGACCCCGCAGCCAUCGGAUUGGCCUCCCUUUCCUGGUUCCCGGCCCAGCCCCAGUGUGAGGGCGGGGGCCCUGUGGAGCCAGCGGCGCUGCCCAGAAGAGAAAGGACAACGACGACCCCGCCACCGCCGCCAUGGCAAUGAGGCAGACGCCGCUCACCUGCUCCGGCCACACGCGGCCCGUGGUCGACUUGGCCUUCAGUGGCAUCACUCCUUAUGGGUAUUUCUUAAUCAGUGCUUGCAAAGAUGGAAAACCUAUGUUACGCCAGGGAGAUACAGGAGAUUGGAUCGGAACAUUUUUGGGUCAUAAAGGUGCUGUUUGGGGUGCAACAUUGAAUAAGGAUGCCACCAAAGCAGCUACCGCAGCUGCAGAUUUCACAGCCAAAGUGUGGGAUGCUGUCUCGGGAGACGAAUUGAUGACCUUGGCUCACAAACACAUUGUCAAGACUGUGGAUUUCACACAGGAUAGCAAUUACUUGUUAACUGGAGGGCAAGAUAAACUGCUACGUAUAUAUGACUUAAACAAACCUGAAGCAGAACCUAAAGAAAUCAGUGGUCACACUUCCGGUAUUAAAAAAGCUCUGUGGUGCAGUGAGGAUAAACAGAUUCUUUCAGCUGAUGAUAAAACUGUUCGCCUUUGGGAUCAUGCUACUAUGACAGAAGUGAAGUCCCUGAACUUUAAUAUGUCUGUUAGUAGCAUGGAAUAUAUUCCUGAAGGAGAGAUCCUGGUUAUUACUUAUGGACGAUCUAUUGCUUUUCAUAGUGCAGUAAGCUUGGACCCAAUUAAAUCCUUUGAAGCACCUGCAACCAUCAAUUCUGCAUCUCUUCAUCCAGAAAAGGAAUUUCUUGUUGCAGGUGGCGAAGACUUUAAACUUUAUAAGUAUGAUUAUAAUAGCGGAGAAGAAUUAGAAUCCUACAAAGGACACUUUGGUCCCAUUCACUGUGUGCGAUUCAGUCCUGAUGGAGAGCUCUAUGCCAGUGGUUCCGAAGAUGGGACUCUGCGACUGUGGCAGACUGUGGUAGGGAAGACCUAUGGCCUUUGGAAAUGUGUGCUUCCGGAAGAAGAUAGUGGUGAAUUGGCAAAGCCAAAGAUCAAUUUUCCAGAGGCAACAGAAGAGGAAUUAGAAGAAAUUGCUUCAGAAAACUCAGAUUCCAUUUAUUCUUCAACUCCUGAAGUUAAAGCCUGAGCAUCAAGCAUGUGCCACAGAUCGUGUAUCAUUUAUGGACUAAAGGAGCAAGCAGAGCACAGCAUCAGCCUUCGGAGUUAUUCUGCUUGCUGGCAAACAGCAGUAAACAACAGGAAAAUGAAUUAGCAUCUGCGCAGGAGCAGCUGACUCGGUGCAACCUGUGAGUGAAAACAGCAUCAGAGAAGUUGGGGAAGCCGGGCUCUGGUAGUGCGACAGCCUCUUUUCUUCUAUGAAUACGUGCAAGCCAACAUCCAAUUUGUGUCAUUACAAUUAAAUUUCUUGUAGCUUUUUUUGUUAUUACGGAGAAGAAAAAUAUAUUUACCUAUUUUUCUGACAUUUCCCUUAAAGCAGAAUGCCUUCUCUUUGUUUUGCUUGAGUUGUAAAGAAGA